AUGCCUCUGGAAGCCCGUGUGAAAUCUGUCCUGUCAGGCGACACAGUCGUGCUGUCGCAUAUCACCAACCCGGGGCAGGAACGCACGCUUAGUUUGGCAUACGUCUCAGCUCCCAGAUUACGCCGAGAAGGUGAUGAACCGUACGGAUUUCAAUCUCGGGAAUUUCUUCGAGAGCUGCUUGUGGGAAAAGUGAUCCAGUUCCAAGUACUCUACACCAUCCCAACCGGCGCUAAACGUGACUAUGGAACAAUCAAGCUUCCGACCUUCGAAGUCUCCUUGCCCGAAAUAUGCGUUCAGGAAGGAUGGGUUCGUGUCCGUGAGGAGGCCGGUAAACGGGGUGAUGAAUCCGAGGAGACUGCCACCUUGCUCGGCCGUCUCCGCGCGCUCGAGGAACAUGCCAAGUCCGAAGACAAGGGUGUGUGGGCUGAAACUGAAAAGGGUCGCACGGAGACCAGCUACGAACUGUCAGACGCCAAAUCCCUGGUGGAUGACUACAAGGACAAGCACCUUGAGGCCAUUGUGGAGCGGGUGCUGAAUGGUGACCGAUUGGUUCUCCGCCUGCUUCUUUCGCCGCACGAACAUCUGCAGGUGGUGGUUGCGGUCGCUGGGGUCCGGGCACCGGCUGCCAAACGGGUGAGCCCAGAUGGCAAGGAGCAGCCUGCCGAACCAUAUGGAGAUGAAUCUCAACAGUUCGUCGAAUCGAGGAUCCUACAACGCAAGGUCCAGGUUUCCCUCUUGGGCAUUACACCCCAGGGCCAGUUGAUUGCAACCGUCCUGCACCCCAACGGCAACAUCGCCAAGUUUCUUCUGGAAGCCGGUCUGGCUCGCUGCCACGAUCUGCACACCCCUCUCCUUGGGGCCAAUAUGGCGGUCUUCCGGCGGGCUGAGAAAGUUGCUAAGGAUGAUAGGAAGGGUCUGUUCACUGGUCUUGUCGCUCCAAAGGGUCCUGCGGGCGGGACCGUGGACCAGGACUAUAUUGUUAGCCGCGUACUGAACGCUGAUACCCUGUUUAUCCGUAACAAGGCCGGCGAGGAAAAGAAGAUCAGUUUGAGUAGUAUCCGACAACCAAAGCCGUCCGACCCUAAGCAAGCUCCGUUUGCUGCCGAUGCCAAGGAAUUCGCGCGCAAGAAGGUCAUUGGCAAGCAUGUUAAGGUUACCAUCAACGGCAAGAAGCCGGCUAGCGAGGGAUACGAAGAAAGGGAUGUGGCCACGGUCACCCACGGCAAUACCAAUCUUGCGUUAGCUCUCAUCGAGGCAGGUUAUGCUUCUGUGAUCCGUCACCGUCAAGAUGACCAGGAUCGGUCUCCGGACUACGAUUCGUUGUUGAUUGCCGAGGCGGACGCCCAGAACGAGGGUAGGGGAAUGUGGUCUCCCAAGCCUCCAAAGGUGAAGCAGUACCAGGACUACUCGGAAAGUGUUCAGAAAGCCAAGAUGGAGGUCUCUAUCCUACAGCGUCAGAAGCGGGUCCCCGCCAUUGUGGAUUUCGUGAAGUCGGGAUCACGUUUCACGGUUCUCGUGCCGCGGGAGAACGCCAAAUUGACUCUGGUUCUGUCCGGAAUCCGCGCACCCCGUUCGGCUCGCAACCCCAGUGAAGCAUCCGAACCCUUUGGCCAGGAGGCCCACGAUUUGGCGAACAAACGCUGCAUGCAGCGUGAUGUCGAGAUUGACGUUGAGACCAUCGACAAGGUGGGUGGUUUCAUCGGCACCCUGUACGUGAACAAGGAAAACUUCACCAAGGUUCUGCUCGAAGAAGGCUUUGCUACCGUUCAUCCCUACUCCGCGGAGCAGUCCGGACAUGCGACGGAGUACUUCGCUGCGGAGCAAAAGGCCAAGGAGUCUCGCAAGGGACUGUGGCACGAUUGGGAUCCUAGCAAUGAUGUAGCGGAGGAAGAAGAGACACCUGUCGAUGGCAACAGCGGGACUGAGACUGAGGCCAUAUCCCGCCGCAAGGACUACCGUGACGUGAUGGUCACCUACGUUGACCCCGCCACCGCACGCGUCAAGCUUCAGCAGAUCGGCACCGGUACCUCUGCACUGACGGAAUUGAUGAACGCCUUCCGUUCCUUCCAUUUGAACAAGGCCAACGACACCGCACUGCCCGGUCCACCCAAGGCGGGUGAAUUCGUGGCCGCCAAGUUCACCGAAGACAAUGAGUGGUACCGUGCUAAGGUGCGUCGCAAUGACCGUGAAAAGCAGCAGGCGGAGGUUCUCUACAUUGAUUUUGGCAACUCAGAGGUUCUGCCCUGGUCCCGCUUGCGACCUUUGACCCAGCCCCAGUUCUCUGUUCAGAAGCUCCGCCCACAGGCUGCAGACGCUGUGCUUUCUCUGGUGCAGUUCCCUGUGUCUGCCGACUACCUGCAGGAUGCGGUUGAGUUCCUCGAGGAGCAGACAUUCAACCGUGAAUUGGUCGCCAAUGUCGAUUACGUUUCGACGGAAGGGACCAUGCAUGUUACCCUGAUGGAUCCCGCCGAGUCGAAGAAUCUGGACCACAGCAUCAAUGCCGACGUGGUUCGGGAGGGCCUGGCCAUGGUACCUAAGAAGCUGAAGGCCUGGGAGCGCGCGGCCUCUGAGACGCUUUCACACCUGCGUAUCCAGGAAGAUGAGGCCAAGCGGGACCGACGGGGCAUGUGGGAGUACGGCGACCUGACAGAAGAUUAA